GCUGUCUUUGUUUCCAGAGCACGUUCCGUCCGAUGACCGUUCAAAACGUACGGCAUCCGGAAAAGAUGUCUGGAUUUAAAGUAGGGAUUGUUCGUUUGGGAAGAGCAGCUGGAAAGAUGAAAUACGCUCUGCUCGACGCCGAGGAUAUAGCCCUUGUAGAUCAGUAUACUUUUGAUGCCCGAAUCGAAGUAGAUGCAGAUGGUGAUGGUGUUCGAAUAGUUGGUUGGGCUUACAAGCUUAAUGAGUCAUUAGAGAAGGGAAAGUAUCUACACGAUCUAAUUUGGGAGCUGCGAAGAGGAGUGCCACCGGGUUACUUUUACGUGACGCACAAAAACAAAAUUACUCUAGAUAAUAGGAUGGAGAACUUGACGCUGGAGCGACGUCAAGACCGCACGAGACGCCAUACAGCUUUGACUACGAAACGCCCUCGUUAUCUUCCCCCAGCAGCCGAAAGCUCGCCGCAUAAAACGUUCGAUCAAACAGAUUCGGACAGUUCAAUUUAUACGCUUGCUAUGCAACGGUUACCCGUCGAUAAUGGACAUGAAAUUGGCGCUAAACUUUUUUCAACCAAUGGCCUUUAUAUUGAUGAAUCCGAGGACAAUGUCUACUUCGAAUGUCGAUACCCCCCUUGCACAAAUCUUGAACAAAAAGUUCGUCAGUUCUCAAUAUGCGGUCGCUGCCAAAUCGCCCGCUAUUGCGGGACGGAUUGCCAACAGAAAGAUUGGCCCAUGCAUAAAAAGUUUUGUAGAGAAAAUAAGCGGCCAGCCAUGCUAGAAUGUUCGCCAUGCAGAUAA